AUAUACCCUGCGUAAUGCAUAGCGACAGGGCAUAAGCACAACCAAGAUAAGCCAAAACAAAACAAAAGUGAGGUUAUGCUUUGCAUUGGGCGGCUCCUACGCUACGUUUAAAAGCACAGGCACAUCGACUGCAGGUGCAUUCAGUGAAGAACCAUCGGACAAAUAAAAUAAAGUUGACAACAAGUGAAUACACAUUGAGAAUGCUAAAAAUAUGCUUUUGGCUGAUUUGCUGUGCCGCGGUGUGCAUGGCCGUCUUGCCCUCCGGUUGGAGCUACAAGAAGCCAAGCUCAACCACAACCACGACCAGCACCAGCCCCAAGACGACUUCCGCUCGAGGCUUUAGCACAAAGCCGUCUUUCACCACAGUUGCCACGACCAAACAAAUGAGGUCUGCCGUCACGACACAAUCGAGCGGAUCGGGUUCCCUGUUACCAAUGGUGAUCAAUACAUGGAACUUCAGAGACGCAAAUGCGCUGGCCUGGCGCAUACUCAAGCAGUCGGAGGGCGGUCUGAGGCAGACACGAAACGCCGUCGUGGAGGGCUGCACCAAGUGCGAGCAGAUGCAAUGCGAUGGCACCGUCGGCUACGGUGGUUCGCCGGAUGAGCUGGGCGAUACUACCUUGGACGCUAUGGUCAUGGAUGGUUCUAACAUGGAUGUGGGCGCCGUGGCUGGUUUGAUAGGCAUUAAGGACGCCAUACGUGUGGCCAGGUUUGUGCUGGAGCGCACAUCGCACACUAUGCUCGUGGGACAAGGUGCCACAAAUUUCGCUGUGGCUAUGGGAUUCCGCACUGACUCACUGGUGACGCCCGAGUCGAGAGCUAUGUGGCAGGAGUGGAAGGCUGAGAAUUGCCAACCAAAUUUCUGGCAUAACGUUAAUCCCGAUCCUAAGCUUUCUUGUGGUCCCUACGUUCCCAAGGCAACACCUCUAACGCGCUGGAAGGAGGAUCGCGCUCGCACCGAGUACAAGAUGGGGCAACAGCAUCACGAUACCAUCGGCAUGAUUGCCAUUGAUGUGGACCACCAUAUACACACGGGUACCUCUACAAAUGGAGCUCGAAACAAGAUACCCGGCCGCGUUGGCGACUCACCCAUUGCCGGUGCCGGCAGUUAUGCGGAUAACGAAGUUGGCGCCGCCGUAGCCACCGGCGAUGGGGACAUUAUGAUGCGUUUUCUGCCCUCGCUGCUGGCCGUGGAGGCCAUGCGGGCGGGCAAGACACCGGAGGCGGCCGUCGAUGUGGCUAUAAGACGUAUUAUAAACUAUCAUAAGGAUUUUUCUGGCGCUGUCAUCGCUGUGAAUCGUCUGGGAAAUUAUGCAGCUGCCUGUUACGGCAUGCCGGAGUUUCCAUUUGUUGUUAGCAGCCCGGCGCAAGCUGUGCUUGUGAAGACAGUUAAAUGUUUGCCGUCUGAGACAGUUGUAAAUGUGGUAGGAUUGUAAGAUUUGGUUUAUAUUUGCGUAAAUAUAAACAAUAAAUGUAA